AGAGAGACAGACACAGGUUUCUGUCAGUGCAGCGAAGAAAGAGAAAACACGCAAAUGAGAAGAAAAAGAAAGCUGCACCUCUUCACUCCUUAGAUCGAUCCCUCUCUCUGCACACGCGGGAUUGGGUGGGUGGUUUUAGUCAGAGACUCGAAGAAAUACCUGUGUUAUGGUUUCUGGGUAAUAGCAAGGUGGAGGUGUAGUGGGGAUAAUCGAGUCACCUUGACCCAGUAAUGGGCUGCUGCGAAUCGAUCUUCUCGAGACGACCUCAUCCCGAAGGCAACAUAUACAGCGGCCACAACCACAACAACCAGCUCCUCAGCCACAGCAACCACCACCUUCAAACUGAUCCUCCCCCGCCCAACGGCAUCGACUCCGGACCAUCCAGUUCCGGAGGCGUGCCGGGUUUCUCGGAGUUUUUGCUAGCGGAGCUGAGAGCCGCCACCAACAACUUUAGCCCCGACCACAUCGUCUCCGAGAGUGGCGAGAAGGCACCCAAUGUCGUCUACAGGGGCCGCCUCCAGAGCCAGAACCAAAACCAUCGGCCCUGGAUCGCCGUAAAGAAAUUUACCAAGCUCGCCUGGCCUGAUCCCAAGCCGUUCGCUGAGGAAGCUCGCGGGGUUGGGAAGCUCAGGCACAACAAGCUUGCGAAUUUAAUUGGGUAUUGCUGCGAGGGCGAUGAGAGGCUGCUUGUUGCGGAGUACAUGCCCAACGAUACCCUGGCUAAACAUUUGUUCCACUGGGAGAAUCAGACCAUUGAGUGGGCUAUGCGAUUAAGGGUUGCUUUGUACAUUGCUGAAGCGUUAGAUUAUUGUAGUACUGAAGGCCGUCCAUUGUACCAUGACUUGAAUGCGUAUAGGGUUCUAUUUGAUGAGAAUGGUGAUCCUCGGCUUUCGUGUUUUGGCUUGAUGAAGAACAGUAGGGAUGGAAAAGGCUACAGCACAAAUCUCGCUUAUACACCUCCAGAGUAUCUAAAGAAUGGAAGGGUGACCCCAGAAAGCGCUAUCUUCAGCUAUGGGACCAUCCUUUUGGAUCUUCUCAGUGGAAAGCACAUCCCUCCAGGUCAUGCUCUAGAUAUGAUACGGGGAAAAAACAUUCUUCUUCUCAUGGAUUCACAUUUGGAGGGUAAAUUUUCAACUGAGGAGGCAACAGUGGUUUUGGAUAUUGCCUCAAAAUGCUUGCAGUAUGAACCUAGGGAGCGGCCGAAUACCAAAGAUCUUGUUGCAACGCUUGCCCCUCUACAAAAUAAACCUGAUGUUCCAUCUUAUGUGAUGCUAGGAAUCCCAAUGCAAGAGGAUGCACCACCUACUCCACAACACCCUCUCUCUCCAAUGGGUGAUGCCUGUUCAAGGAUGGACCUCACAGCUAUCCAUCAGAUAUUGGUCAUGACACAUUACAAAGAUGAUGAAGGAACCAAUGAGCUGUCUUUCCAAGAAUGGACCCAGCGAAUGAGAGAUACGUUGGAGGCAAGAAAGCGUGGGGACUUGGCAUUUCGUGACAGAGAAUUUAAAACUGCCAUAGACUGUUAUUCUCAGUUCAUAGAUGUCGGAACCAUGGUUUCUCCAACAGUGUAUGCACGACGAAGUCUUUGCCAUCUCAUGUGUGAUCAACCGGAUGCAGCCCUCCGAGAUGCGAUGCAAGCACAAUGCGUGUACCCAGAUUGGUCCACUGCGUUUUACAUGCAGGCAGUUGCACUUGCCAAGAUGGAUAUGCACAAGGAUGCAGGUGACAUGUUGAGUGAGGCUGCAUCGCUUGAAGAAAAAAAGCAACGAGGUGGGAAAGGUUCUUGAGGAGCAACUGUAGUCAUUCCUUGAAAUAAUUGGUUUUAUAUCAAUCGUUGUGACAAAUGAGGUGUGUAAUAGAAAUUGGGAAUGUGAUUUCUGUUUAAAGUGUACCAUAGAGAGGGAGAGAAACUUGGUUUCUGCUGCAUUAAAUGUUCAACGAUUUUUUGAAUUUGGUGAAAUAAUUAUUGGUUCUUAAUGUGUA